CAAAACAAAAGUCGAUUACUUGAUUUUAUAAUCAGUUAUCGAUAUUUUUACGCCAAGUGUCGACUAAACGAUAAGAGGAAAAUCGAUUUUGUAGUACCUUCCCUAUUGUUUACUAUUGUAUUUUUAAUUUUGUCUGUUUGAAAAUUUUGUUGCUUGUUUCGAUUUGUUAUGAAUAUGAAUACAAGAAAGAAAACAUGGGUCAAAUCCGUUUUUUCCCAACUGCCAGCUGAAACAAACAACAAUACCACUGUGGCCAGUCCAAAGCCGCCAGAUGAUACAAGAAAAACGAGAAAAUCUUCAAGGAACACCAAUACAACAUUAAGCGAAAAACCUGCCCCUGCAAAAAUAGCGGAUGUAGUCAAUCUGGUGGAAAGUGAUGAGGAAACACAACAUAAAGAUGCAGCAGUAGCAUCAUCUCUUCGAUGUGUAAUUCAUGAAAAUUGGAUGGAAGUCUAUGCACCGACAAAAAGUGAAGAAUUGGCCAUACAUGCCAAAAAGAUGCAAGAAGUUGAACAGUGGCUUAAGCAUUGUGAAGUUAUGAAGAAAAAGAAAAGACCAGCCCAACUAUGUUUACUGACGGGGCCUUCUGGUUGUGGCAAAACUGCAGCUGUUCAUGUUGUGGCCAAGGAAAUGAAAUACAGCAUACAAGAAUGGACAAAUCCAGUGGAUCAAGAGGUUAUAUAUAAUUUAGGAGAUCAAAUGUAUGGUGAAUCCAACUUUAAGAGUUCUCAAGUGGAAACGUUUAAAGCGUUCCUCUUUCAAGCUUCGCGUUAUCGUUCCCUACUUGAGCUAACCGGAGGAGGAGAUAAACGUCUAUUGAUCAUUGAAGAUUUUCCAAAUUUUCUAUUCAAGGAGUCGUCGACAUUUGAGGAAAUUCUUAAUGAAUAUCUUAUCUAUGGCAAAGCUCCCUUGGUAUUUAUUGUUACUGAUACCAAAAGACGAGGUCUAAAUAUUAGCUACAAUCUCUUUACGGAUGAAUUGAAACAGAAAUUCCUUAUGACACACAUAAGCUUAAAUCCAGUGGCAACAACCUUAAUGCAAAAUGCUAUGAAACGAUUUUGUACAAUAAUGCGAAAGCCCCCCUACAAUGAAAUGUAUCGUCCGCCUACAACAGAACUCAUCGAUUCGAUUAUUUUAUCUGCCCAAGGUGAUAUACGUAAUGCCCUAAUUAAUUUGCAUUUUUCCUCGCUAAAAGGUGCACCACAAUUGUUAACAAAACCAGUGGACCAAGUAGAAUUAUCUCAGGACAAUAACAACAAGAGGACAACAAGAAAAAGAAAAUGUCAAACUACACUAAAAUCGGUGGGAAGAGACGAAACGGUGACAAUGAUGCAUGCUCUGGGGAGAGUUUUCAAUCCAAAAUAUACUGAAUCGAAUAAACUUCUACACUCUCCUGAAGAUAUAGCGCAAGCCUUUAUUACGGAACCAAAGAAAUUUACCGAUUUUGUACACACCAAUUAUUUACAUCAUUUCCGUGACAUUGAUGCUGUGGUCGAUGCCGCCAACGGUCUCAGUUUGUGUGACGUCAUACUAACGGAGUACCGCGAUGAUGCCUUAGCCUUGACUGGCCUUAAUCUUGGCAUACGUAAUGUAAUGGUGGCAAACAAAAAUCCAAUUACCGGUUGGAUGCCUGUUAAAGGACCCAAACGUAUAAAUCCCGACCAUGCAAAAAUUCCCACUGCAGGAGCAAAACUAUUGCCAACCCACCAUAAUCUAUCUAAAACCCUAUAUGCAAUGGAAUACAAAACAUUUGUGAAUAUAGUUAAUGCAAGACUUUAAAAUUAGAAGUUACUUUAAAAACUAUCUCGAGAUAUAAAUAAAUUAUUGUGUCGGAUUGUAUGUGCUACCAAAACAAA